AUGGCCAUCAGCAUCAAGAUUCUCCAGACAGGGUCAAUACGAAUCCGCCCCUCCCACCGUCAUCAGCCUGCCAAUAAAGCUGUACUCCUGCGUCGCCUGUCAGUCUUGCUGGACACAUCCUGGACAGAUCCGUUGCCUAUCAACACAUACUUGAUCGAUCAUCCUGAGGGGCCCAUUCUGUUCGACUCCGGCGAGUCGCCACACAGUAUGGAGCCCGGUUAUUUCCCACUCUGGAUGCCCUUCUUCCAUCUUGCUGUCGAUAUCGAUGUAGGAAAAGAUGAGGGCAUUGGCUCCCGACUUGAGCAAGACAACCUUACACCGGCACCGGUCUGGAUCACUGAAGAACAUUGGCAGGCGUACAAGACGCCAUUUCAUGCUACAAUGGAAGGAGCCGUUCCAAACCAAUGGUCAGCAUCUUUCAAACCUUUCAUUCUUCAACCAACCGGUGGCCCCAUUGGUCCAUGGAACCAGAGCUAUCCCAUCACUGGAGAUGGAAAGGUCGUGGCUGUCGACACACCAGGCCAUGUGCCAGGAUAUCUUUCGGUCAUUGUUCGUGCUGAUGAUGUUUCGUAUCUCCUACUUGGGGAUGCUACAUAUGAUCAGGAACUACUCGACCAGGAGCUUACGGAUGGUGUCAACAGCAACCCGGCGCUGGCAGUUGAUUCUCUCAGGAAAAUCAAAGAGUUCGCUAGAAGCGAAAACGUUGUGCUGCUCCCUGCUCACGACCCUCAAGCAGCUCACCGCCUGACGGAGAAGGUCAUUUACAGACCUACAUCCCUGAGUUCAAACCACUACCUACUUUGAACUUGUCAAGCCCCCCUUUCCAUCUCCAACAAUGGUGUACGCUGUCAGGUCACGAAAUGUUUCCAUUUUCUUUUCUUA